AUGGGGCCUGGAGCGGUGUUGGCCGGGCCUCGCCGCCUCUGCCUCUCCCGCUUCUUGGCCUCCGGGCCUGGCGCCCUCUGCCCCUUCGACCGGCGCCUGAAGAGGAAGCAGAAGAACUGGGCGGCCGCCCAGCCCGAGGCCGAGCGCUGCGAGUACCUGCGCGAAGAGGUUGGUAGCAGGAUAGCCGAUCGUGUGUUUGAUAUAGCUAGGACUUUCCCCCUUGCCUUGGACCUCGGCUGUGGACGAAGCUACAUAGCUCAACAUUUGAACAAGGAUAUUAUUGAAAGACUUUUUCAAGCAGAUGUUGCCGAAAACGCUUUGAAAAAACCAAUAGAAUCCGAAAUACCCAGAAUUAGCGUUGUGGCUGAUGAAGAAUUCCUUCCUUUCAAAGAAAACACAUUUGAUCUUGUUGUCAGUGGACUGAGCUUGCAUUGGGUAAAUGAUCUUCCCAAAGCACUGCAUGAGGUACAUCGUGUCCUUAAACCUGAUGGAGUAUUUGUUGGCUCUAUGUUCGGGGGAGACACGUUAUAUGAACUUCGCUGCUCUUUGCAGCUGGCUGAACUGGAAAGAGAAGGUGGAUUUGCCCCACACGUGUCUCCUUUUACUGCCGUCAGUGACUUGGGACAUCUACUGGGAAGAGCUGGCUUCAACACACUGACUGUGGAUACUGAUGAAAUUCAAGUUAACUAUCCCGGUAUGUUUGAACUAAUGGAUGACCUGCAAGGUAUGGGAGAAAGUAACUGCUCUUGGAGCAGAAAACCUAUGCUACACAGAGCAACCAUGCUGGCGGCAGCAGCAGUUUAUAGGGAAAUGUAUGGAAAUGAAGAUGGAACAGUACCAGCAACUUUUCAGAUCUACUACAUGAUCGGUUGGAAAUUCCAUGAGUCUCAGGCAAAGCCAGCACAAAGAGGGUCUGCAAAAAUGUCAUUUGGCGAUUUGAGGAAAAUGAAUGAAUUUAUUCCAGAAGGGGGGAAACUUUAAUAUGCAUAUAAUGAUGGCAGUGAAAUUGGACUUGCCUUGUAGAUAGUGAUUAAUAAGGGAAAACUAUGUCGCUAUGUAUUUCUGAACAUAUUUAUCUCAGUGCCUGGACAAAUUGUAAUAUAUUCUUCUUUCACUGGAUUUGCUUAUUUGUAAAUAUAGAAGUGUUUUUGCAGUGUGAAACUGAAUAAAAUUAUGUUUAGAUUUCAA